UGUAUGUUUAAAACAGUCAUUAAAAUGGACCUCUUUUUAAGAUGCUUUAGGGCACUGAUUUGAUCAUAAAUACACUGUAGGAAAAUAUGCUUGCUUCAUUCCAGCAGUGUCUUUCAGAUGUAAAGAUGUGUGAGACCCAGCUAGAGAAUUUUAAUGUUGCUUUUUUUCCAAUCAUAGUAAAAACAUUAUUGAUUCAACUGUACAUUCCAAAACUUUAUUUGCAGGUUUUCCAAAUAUGUUGUACUGUAUAGCUAGUAUAAAUGGCUAGUGACUCUUUAACACUGGUAUUGGCAUAAGCAUCAGAAAGUGUAGACAUUGUUACGAAGCCUAAAUUGGAGUCAGAUUGGUACAAGUUAUGCACGUUAAGAUAGGUUUAUAAUUUGGAAAAUCCGGUAAGCAAAGUUAUUUGAACUAGCGAGGUACAAAAAUUAAUGUAUUGCAGUUUAAGUCUUAAGCCUGUGUUAGGUGUUGGCUUUAUUAAGAAUGCAUCUCAGCCAGAAAAAAAAAGCCUAACUGUUAUUUCAGGAGCUCUGCAGGUAGAACCAUGCUAAACUCCUUGGUAGCAGGUAGGUCACUUUAACUAGAUAUGCAAACACGCUCCCCAAGUCCAACUACUCAAUUUCCAGAGGUUAUACAAAAUCAGGUGCACAUUUCACAACUGUUGACAAGUUGCACUCACAUAUGAAAUAUCUAUUCUGUGGUUUCAGAUCAUUUUUCCAAUAUGAAAAUUAGGAUGUAGUGAAAAAUACUAUUUUGUUACGGAAAUGACUGUACUGUGUGUUUUGAAUCAAGCUCUUCUCUAAAUUAUAGUAAAUUAAAACCAGUAGAAUUAAUUGGACCAGUGUAAUAAUUGAAAAAUAUUUUUCCCUCUUGUUAAGCAGAUCAGUUUGUCUAGAAAUUUGUGCAUCAAAAUUCAGUCUGAUGUUUUAAAACAAAGGAACACGAAAUCCUGGUUUGAGGGGCUUAAAAGGGAAAUAUAUAACCUCUCUGUAAUUAGUUGUGUCACCACGCUAGUGGAAUUCCACUCAUGUGGUGUUGCAUAAAGCCUCACUUGCCCCUCCUACAUGCACUAAAUAUAAAUGUGCAUGAGCAGCAAAAACAAUUUUCCAAAUAGCUGGAUCAGCCACACAGUGUUUGUACUAAAAUUAUGUAUGUGAAUACUACAAGCUGUGGUAACACAGUGUGCGAAGCCUGAUAAAUACAAAGAAUCAUAAUUAUAUUUUAUUGCAAACUUUUGAUGCUGUGUUGUUGUCUUCUUGUUGGUCUGAGAAGUUAAUAAUUUCACUUGUUGUACUGCCUACAUUAAUUUCCUCAUUUGGAAAGCUAAUGUAAUUUCAGGUAAAUGUUUCUGUGGAGUCCUACUCUUCUUGAGAUACUAAUUAGUUUACAUCUACACAAAGCCUGGAAAGUUCAUUCUUGUGAACUGUGUUGCAUUGACAUGGAGUUACUGUUUCUUGGAAAACUUUAUUCUUGAAUCCGUGAAUCGAAAUGGUUCAAAGCCUUCAGUGAUUGCAAGGAUGUAGUAAAGCUGACAUGUUCAGAGCCUUCCUGGCUGAUUGUCACUGUUGGUGUACUUGUUCAUUUUCUCCUGUCUUGUAUGGGAGCAGUGCCAGAAAGCAAUGUGAGGAAUGUGUCUAUACAACUGAUCUCCUUCUAAAUCCACAUCACAUUUUUCCAUUUAUUUUUUUUCUUUUUUAAGCCUGUUAGAAAUAUUCCCAUAAGAAGAAGGCAUUGUGGGAAUAAAAUGAUGUGUUGCUCUAUUUCAAAAGAAUGGUAAGUGCUUUAAGCGUGGGAAGUCUGAACACCUUUAGCAGAAGGAUCAUGUUUUGAGUGUUUGAUAUGCAUAGCAGACUCAAUGCUAGACUGGUUGUGAUUGUGGGAAGGCCUUUCCUUCCAGUGGUGUACAAAAUAAUUAUUCUACUACUUAAAAAAACAAAAAAAAAAGUCUUUUGUAGUUUACACUUCUCUUAAGACUAAUCUUGUUUUGUAUUAAAUAUAGUCCAUAUUGACAGUGCAGAUUAUAAGCUCAUGAAGGAGCAUCUGUUUCUGUUUUUGUCCAGUUGGAGAUUAUCCCUUAAUCAUGCCAGGUCUAGGUGUGCAUUUUUGGAUUUGCUGACUCAGGAAAGCUCAAGAUAGCAUUAAAGGCCAAUGACAAAUACUGCAGCUGCAUUUAGGCUGCUGCUCCUCUGAGCAAGAACUUUUGCUUGACCCACACAGUUGAAAAAAUGGCAAGAAAAAACGUCCUUAUUACAGGUUGCUCUUCAGGGAUUGGAAUGGCCUUAGCUGUAAAAAUGGCAAAAGAUGAACAGGAAAGAUUUAAAGUGUAUGCCACAAUGCGGAAUCUGGCCAAGAAAGAUCCACUCGAGGAAGCUGCAGGUCAUAGUCUGGGCAAAACCUUGGAAAUUAAGCAACUGGAUGUCUGUGAUGAACAGUCCAUUAAAACUUGUGUGAAUAGCAUCCCUGACAGAAGGAUUGAUGUCCUAGUUAGCAAUGCUGGAAUGGGGCUCAUCGGACCAAUUGAAUGUCAGACUAUCGAUGAAAUGAAAACUGUGAUGGAUACUAACUUCUUCGGACUGGUUCGACUCCUGAAGGAGAUUUUGCCUGACAUGAAGAAGAGAAAGAGCGGGCAUAUAGUUAUAAUAAGCAGUGUUAUGGGAAUACAAGGUAUCUUAUUUAAUGAUGUUUAUGCUGCAUCUAAGUUUGCGGUGGAAGGAUUCUGCGAAAGUUUAGCUAUACAAGCACUCAAGUUCAAGCUGCAGUUAAGUCUGAUUGAACCAGGUCCAGUGGUUACAGAAUUUGAAAGAAAAGUGUUUGAAGAUGGAAUGAAAAUGGAUCUUUCAGCUGCAGAUGAGGAAACAGCUGACAUGUUUACUAAUAUUUACCUUAAAAAUUACAAACAAAUUUUCCAGAGCCUUGGACAAAGUGCUGAGGAAGUUGCGGAGCAUACAGUAAAGAUAAUACUUGCGGAAAAUCCACCUUUUCGCCAUCAAACAAAUACCCUGUAUACGCCUAUGACAACACUGAAAUAUGCAGAUCCAAAUGGAGAUCUCCCCAUUGAUAUAUUCUACAAAAUGGUUUUUCAUCAUGACAAAAUCUUCAGUGCAAGUCUUAACUUCAUCAAAUUGCUCAGGUGGAGAAGCAGAAAAAGCUUUGACCUGGGAAAAUCCUCAUCACAAUAAGUAUGAGAUUCUGCAAGCUGGAAUUAUUUGUUAUAGCUACUGCUAACACCAUGUUGUUGUUUGUUCUGUAACUGUGUAAAGGCAUUCAAGAUCUUUGAGCUUGCUUACGAUAAUCACCUCCUGUUUAUCUUUAGCCUGCAGAACCUUGAAAUUAAAAUCCUCCAUCUACAGGUUUAGUGCAGUUAGCAAUUGCUAUUUAGACUUCUCUUUUCGUGGAAGGAUGAACAUUGACUUAGAUUCUUAAGUAUUUAAUAUCAACCUGCUUCCCUUCAAUUAUAACCUAACACACACAGAGAUGUGUACUGCAUGAAAAGGCUAUUAAGAAUCUAUGAAUAAUUAUAUUUGAUAUAUGAAGAAGUUUCAUCAAUCUUAAGGUGCAACAACUAGAGUGUUUAUUAUUUCUAUUGAAGAUAAAGUAUUCUGAACGCUUCCUUUAGAUGCUCUGACAGAUGUAUUACAGAGGAGUGUUGUUUUGUUUUAACAAAUCACCUCAUUACAACACCCUACUGUCUGCCCAGUGGUUUGGUAGGUUUUGUUUGUUUGUUUUUAACAGAAGUAACUGUUUUACCUGAAGGAGACAGGGGCUUUUUAUUGCUGAUCAUUUUUACAUGGAAAAAAAUUGCAAAUUCCUUAGAAUGCACCUUUAAAAUAAAUAAAAAUGCAAGUCAAUACAGCAGAAGCA